AUGCUGAUAAAUCCCGCAAAACUGGCAGCUAAUGCCAAUGUAGCUGUCGUUGGUGCAGGCGUUGGUGGAUUAUCGUUUGGUUAUUUUUUGACCAAAUUAAGACCCGAUGUGAAUAUCACAAUUAUAGACGCUGCUAACAGGACGGGCGGUUGGAUCAACUCAAGCACGAUUGAAGACCAUGGAAAAAGUCCUGUUGUACUCGAGAAGGGCCCUAGGACGCUGCGUGGGAAAUCAGAGGGGACGACGUUGAUAGUCGAUACACUGAACGCACUGAAUAAAAAAGACAUUGUAUGCUACAUCGAAGGGAAGUCCGAAGCGAACAGGAAAUUCCUGCUGGACAGAAAUGACAAAUUGGUCCAGGUUCCAAACUCAAUGGGCAGUUUUAUGAAGUUUUUAUCAAGCUCGCUAAGCAAAGGUUUGAUUUCUGGUAUCUUGGGAGAGCCUUUCAGGAAGCCUCGCUCUAAUUCAGGUGAGGACGAGAGCGCGCACGAUCUCAUUAAGCGUAGGUUUGGAGGCGAAUACGUCAGUAAUAAUCUGUUUAGCGCUAUUUUCCACGGCAUUUAUGCAGGUGACAUAAAGCAGCUUAGCGCGCAGAGAACUUUGGCGCCACUUUUGGCGCUGGAGGCCAAGCAUGGGUCUUUGAUCAAGGGAGCCUGGGGCUCCAACGCAAAAAAGGGCGAGUUAGAGCUGCCCAAGUCGCUACUGAGAUAUCAGAAGAGCUUAGACAGAAAUUUACAAGAGCUUUCAGAACUGCAUUGUCGAUUACGCACGCUCCCGAUGCUGGGCCUGCGUAACGGACUCGAAAGUUUCCCACAAGCGCUUACUAUUGCGUUGCAGCAGAACCCGAAAGUGCGGUUUAUUCUCAGGAACGCCGUAUCACAGGUCGCAGUGGCCAAAGACGGGAAUUGCAGAGUUUCCCUUGCAGAUGGGAACGAAAUUACGGGUCUCGAUCAUGUCCGGCUGACGAACACGCCGGCCGUGAUAGCCGCCAUGAUGAGCAACCAGCAAUUGGCGCAAGAGCUACGAGAGGCGCACUCCAACACCGUGGUUUUACUGAACUUUUAUCUUUCCGAUGUGGACCUGCUGGAACGCUACCAUUCAUUUGGGUAUCUGGUUCCACAAUCCAACCGCAACGACGAGCAAUUGCUGGGCGUUAUUUUUGACUCGGUCAUAGAGAAGAGUUUCAAGCCCCUGAACCCUGCAGCAAGCUUGUCUGCGCAGCGAAAGCCCCAGAGAUACACCAAAUUCACAGCAAUGGUUGGCGGACACUAUUUGCGUCGCGAUUCGCAAGCGAGCUUACCAGAAACUUCCCAAGACUACGUUGACAAGGUCAAAACCGCUCUUAUUCGGCAUCUAAAUCUAUCGCAACAGGACCUGGAUCGCGGCCACUGGCAGGUGACCACUGCUAAAGACUGUUUGCCGCACUUUUUUGUCAAUUACAACCUAUGGGUCGCGCGUAUAAAAGCCAAAUUCAACGAGGAGGUAGGUCUGCGCAUCUCGCUUGGUGGCAUGGCCUUCAGCAACGGUCCUGGCGUUCCUGACGUGGUGAUGGAUGGCUUUGAAGACGCGGACUCGCUGGCCCAUUAG